CAGGCCCCAAUCCGGGUACCGCUCGCGAGUCGGCCGGCCCCUUCCGCCACCGCUGGGCGCCAGGUCUGACCAUGCAGCUCCCCCGGGCACUGCGGCUCUGGGGGCUCGGCGCCUCCGCCGGCCUGCUCGCCGGGGCCCGAGCCCGAGCCCCUGUCGCCCCCCGCGGCCACCGCCCCCCACCCCGCCCCCGGCCCCGCCCCGGUGUCCGCCUCCGCUUAGCGCCGGGCUUCCGGCAGCAGCACCUGGCCGCCGCCGCCGCCGCCGCCGCCGCCGCAGCCGGCCCAGACGCGCCGUCCACUAGUGCCGCCGCCAUGGAGUGCCCCGGAGCCGGAGGAAUAAAUUCCAGUGAGUAUGAAAAUGUAUCAAGAGAAAAGGAAACGUCAGAAGAAUUUGAAGCUAAUGCUAUGGAUUCUCUGAUAGACAUGCCAUUUGCCACUAUAGACAUCAAAGACGAUUAUGGAAUCACUGAUGUACCUCACAUAAAUUUGGAGAGAAGUAAAGAAAAUGAACGGAUCAGUAAGGAUCAAAUAAAGAAGAGGAAAAAAAAGCAAAAAGAUUAUCAGCCCAACUAUUUCUUAUCCAUUCCGAUCACCAACAAAGAGAUUACAAGAGGAAUUAAGAUCCUGCAAAACGCAAUAAUACAACAAGAUAAGCAACUAGCCAAAGCAAUGACCAGUGACGGCUCCUUUCAUAUUACUCUGCUCGUGAUGCAAUUAUUGAAUGAAGAUGAAGUAAACAUUGGUAUUGGUGCUCUUUUGGAAUUAAAACCAUUCGUAGAAGAAAUCCUCCAAGGGAAACAGUUGAUUUUGCCCUUUCAAGGGAUUGACACUUUUGGAAAUCAGGUUGGAUUUGUCAAGCUGGCAGAAGGAGAUCAUGUAAACUCACUUUUGGAGAUAGCAGAAGCUGCAAAAAGGACAUUUCAAGAAAAGGGCAUCUUGGCAGGAGAAAACAGGAGUUUUAAGCCUCACUUAACUUUUAUGAAAUUGUCCAGAGCACCACAGCUCCGGAAGAAGGGAGUGAAAAAAAUAGACCCCGAAGUCUAUGAAAAAUUUAUCAGUCACAGAUUUGGAGAAGAAAUGGUACAUCGCAUUGAUCUUUGCUCCAUGCUAAAGAAGAAGCAAAGUAAUGGUUAUUAUCACUGUGAGUCUUCGAUUGUGAUUGGCAAGAAACCUAUUGGACUCCGGGACUUAAUUAAUGAAGCUUUGCACCGAGAAAGGAUGAGUCUGAAGUCCAAAGUGAAACAGAUAAAGGAACUUUUGUUAAAGCCUGAGACUCAGGCCAGGAUUAGGAGGGAGCUUUUUGAAGGAAGAUCUGUUAACAACAGUAAUCAAGGAAACCAGGUUGAUUUCAGUGCAAAUUUGGCAUAAGCUCUGCAUUGCUAUCAUGGUACCCUAGUCAAUGAAAUGUUGUGAGAGUAUUUCAUAGCUCUUUGGUAAAUACCAAAGAAGUGUCCUGAUAGUGUCUACACAACAGGAAACCAAAAUUUGGUAAGGAAUUAACAAUUUCUUACCAAAGAAAACGGAUUAAGCUUGGUUAUUUUUAAAGCUAAACUUGUUAAGUUUUAGCAUGUUUGUUUCUGUAAUAUCGAGUUACUUUAUAGAAAGGACUUAAUUAGCUGUCGUGAGAUGUUCCUUGGGUUCUCACAGAUAACACAUACAGACUGUGAAAAAUCAUUUACAUAAAAAAUAUACUGUACUUUAAGGGGCACUUGCCUUCUGUUGAUGUGAUUUUUUGUCGUUAUUAAAUCAGAAGUAGUAAUUGUCCACACAAGUCUAUACCUAGUGUAACUUUUAAUGGGAAUUAGAAUGUUUAUUGAACACACUAGUACUUGAAUGAACAUUUCUAAGUGUAAUUAUUAUAACUGGUUAAGAAUGUUUUAUAAUAUCCAUAUGUAUUAUUUUUCAAUGAUCAAAAUGUAGUUUGCUUUUUCAUUUCUUAAUGAAUAAAUGUUUGGGAUUUUUAUUUUCUACUCUUCUGAAGAUAAGCCCUAGGACUUACUGUAUCCCUUAUAAUCUGAAUUUGUUUGCACUGGUUCAUUUUUAAAGACUUCUUGAAAAAUUUCCCCCCAUAUGAAAAUCUUGGUAACAGCUUUUUCUAUAGUCAUUGCAAAAUUGUUGCUACUAAGACAUCACAGUGGAGGGGAAAUUGGAGAUCAAAUAUGUAAUCAUUUCAAAUGUAAAAUCCAGUUCACUCAUGGAUUUUAGCUAUUUUUUCACUGGGUAAAUUCGACAUUUAUUUAUAAAUGAGUUUAUGCAUUUUCAUGCCUCUUAAUAAAUGUAUGGUUUUCCCUU